UUCAGUCAUAUCCAUAUACGGUACAGGUCAUUCCAGGUCAUUCCACGCGAAAAGAGUUAUAUUCUAUGUAAUUGAAUAUAGCCUAAUGAUAUGAUUAUUUUUAUUUGAUUAAUUAUUAAUUGAAUUAAUCAUUUAUUUUAUGAUUUCACUGCAUUGUGCCUGCUGAACAAUACAACGUGACAGACUGUAACUCGCUGUAUCAACCAGUGCACUCUGUGCUGAAGGAGGCACAUGCUGCUACUCUUAGUUCCUGCUAUGUUAGCACGCCCUCCGUCUCAUACUCAGAACACUAUUGGAUCCCUGACCCUUCAAUCUCAGGCUGCCUAGGUGAUUCCUGGUAGUGCAUUCAAAGCGUCGCUCUUGGACACUCGUGUCCAAUCAGCUACGAGCUCUGUGAUGACACCUUGGGAUUCCGCGAAGUAGUUUCUUUCAGAUGGGAACAGCAAACAGCGGCACAGAGUUGACGCACUUGUGAGAGAAGAAGAGAGUGAGAGUACGCAAAGUUUCCACGCUUUCUGAUGUGAUUGAAAUAAUAUUGAGAAUAGACACCUGGAUGUUUCUUGUGCGUGUAGACGCAAGCGACACAAGCUUUUAUUCUUCGCCGGGAACAUCCCAGUCACACUGACACGUGUAGGCGUGAAGCCACGUUUACUGGAGUCGUAGCCUAUGUAUCUUGAUGCGCAUAUGAUGAGAAUCCACAGUGCGCCCUGAGUUUUGUUUUGAAGUAUUCGUGGCAGGUGACUUCUACAAUUACACGACAUUUUGGGUAACUAUAAUGACGGAUGUUGAUAUUGCAGCAAGGUCCUUGGAGCCGGUCUCAGACAAACUAUCCGGCGAGGAAGGACCUGAGGAAAGUCAAGAGAGCCGGACUCUGUUAAUGGUCGCAAUGAUUCUGCUGGACUUAAAUCAGUGUAAUCCGGGCGGAAUCAGCACCAAACGUAUGGUGGACAGUGAUGCGGAGAAUCAAACCAGCGUAAAGGAGAACCGGGAGAAAUGCAGACAGAACGCAAGCAGGGUGAAAAGGACACGGAACCGUGACAGUCUGCAUGUAUCAGCUGAGAAGAGACACUGUUGUCCCUACGCUGGCUGUGGGAAAAUAUACGGCAAAUCGUCCCAUCUCAAGGCGCACUUCAGAGUACACACCGGUGAGAGACCCUUUCAGUGUACCUGGUCAGGCUGCACCAAGAAAUUCUCACGGUCAGAUGAACUGACACGACACUUUCGUACGCACACCGGGGAGAAGCGUUUCAUGUGCCCGCUCUGCGACAAAUGCUUCAUGCGAAGCGAUCACCUCACCAAGCACGCCCGCAGACAUGCCGGCUUUCACCCCAGUAUGCUCCAGGGUCCCGCCGGACGAAGACGACACUCUUCGACGUCCACAUCGUCCUCUGGCUCCAGCGAUCACAUGUCUGCUGGUGUUUGAGUAACUACGUGGCCCCCACAUUUUGGAUGUCUCUUUUAGCAAAACCACACCCAUUUCAGGUCUUAGAGCCUCUAUUAAUGAACUGAUGAUAUAAGAUAUCAGGUGGGUUACAUAAUGGAGUACAAAAUAUGCUUGCUGGAGUAGGCUACUCCAAGACAAAGACUGAAAAUGGGACUUUUAAAUGGAAUGGACAGAAACCAUAUAUUUUAGGCAGAAACAUUGUAAUGAACAUUUAGUCUAAGGGUUAUUUCAAAUGAGCAAGGAUAUUUACAAUAUAACUACAAAGUUGGGAUUGAUUUCAACAGAGAGGAGCCAGAUGUUUUAUUACAUACCAACUGUGACAAAGGGAAAUGAACAAAUUCUGUGUAAAGAUAUAUUAUGUGAAACACGAUCAGUUCAAGUGACAAAUUUCGCAGCUGUCCUGUAUAGGAGGUGGAUAUGUUUUAAAAUAAUCGCUAUGAAUAUUUUCUGUUCUUUGAGAUAUUUAGGGGGACAGCGGUUGACUUCUGUGUUGAAGACAGUUUUUGUAUGAUAUUAAAACUUCUGGGUUCUUAUGAGAUUAAUUUAACAAUCGUGUGAGGUUUUACGCACACAAUCACGCUUUUGUUUUAAGCAAUGAUAAUUAUUUGCAUAUGCUAAUCAGUUAUGCAAAAGAAUGUGACUUAUUUAAUGUAGAGCAUUGAAAAUACUCUUCAGAUUUUUUUUUUUUUUUUAAUUUAUUUUAUUUUAAACUUUUACUUUGUGUUUUUGAUCAGCAUUCAUAAGUGAUCUAGUGAGGCCAGCCAACAGUUUCACUCAUUAAUAGUUUACCACCGCCAUCUACAGGCGUGUUAUGAGAUAACACGAAAGGAAGACCUGUGCCUUUGAUCUUCAAAUAUUGCACAGCAUACAGAACCAUACAGAACAAAGAUUGUAUAAUUUUUCUCAUUACCUUUAAUUUUUAGUAGCCUAUAGUAUUUACUUUCAGUAACAUUUAACAUUUUAUUUUAUUUUAUUAAUGGUUUUUCGUUUUCAGAUUCAUAUUCAGCUGUUGAAAUACUUGAAAUAAUAAAUAAUGUUAUUUGAAUGUAGAUUAGGUUUGAAUCUGCUGUGAUGAUCAUCCAUUUAAAAGUAAUGCACAAACAGAAUUUUACAUGUGAAAAAUAGUCAAAGGAUCUUUAUUCAAGUUUUUAUAUUUUAUGAUAACUGAUCAACAAAUAUUUAGCUUUUAUCGUCACAGAGUAUCUGUGCUAAUUUAUUUCCCAGAUGUUCUAUAUGUUUAAUAGAAUGAAUUCAAGAAGCAGGCUGUUGUAAAAAUGCUCAAUCUGUGCCUUCUGUUUUGAGGUUUAGUACUCUUAACUUAGAUUGCCGAAUGUAAUUAGCAAGCUAUCGAGAAAUACUUUGCUGUUUACAAAAGUCUUCUCAGUUGCAUAGUGUGAAUAGUAAUGUUGUGUUUAUCUGCAUCUUAAAGAUUUUGAACCACUACCAUUGUACAUAUAUAUUCUGUAUUUUUACAUCACCAUCAUUUGUACAUAUAUAUUCUGUAUUUUUACAUCACUAUCAUUUGUGCAACAUUCAUCUUUCAUUACCUGUAAAUGAUGUGUAUAGAGGAUAACUAAUUAAAACAAAGAGUAAUCCA